CAAAAACCUCAAAACAAUUCAAGAAUGAUUUCUGCUCAAUUACAACGAAUUCAAGAUGAAAUAAACCGAUUAAAGAAAGAAAAUGAAAAACUAGAAAAUAAAAAUAAUCAAAUAUUAGAAAACAAUCAGUAUGAUAAAUUAUUAAAAACAAACCAAGAACUAAAAAAAGAAAACAAAAUCACCGUUUAUCAAAACGAAAGGUUAACUAAAGAAAAAGAACAAUUAAAAUAUAAAAAUCACGAAAAAAAAAUAGAAUAUGAAGAAAAACAAAAUAAAAUGUUAUCUUAG